AUGCUUCGCCUAUUGUCCUUGGCCAUUUUCUGCAGUAUUUUGGGUUUCACCGCAGCAAGAUGUCUCCCCGGUGAUGCAUCAUUUGAAGACUUCUGCUUCUCAUUCAAUCGUCUUCAAGGAUCUUUCAACGACAGUCAGGAACAUUGUAUCAAGAGUGUGGGAGGUAGCUUGGUACCCAUUUACAACAUGAUCGAGAACAAUUGGAUUCAGAAAUUUGCUGUGGACUACCUCGACGCUGACUACGAUCUUUUCUGGAUUGGCGCAAGUGAUGCUGGUCACAUAAAAGACUGGCGCUGGACCGACAAUUUCCCACUAAACUUCACCAACUGGAAACAAGGAGAGCCCCUUGAAGACCGUCACUGUGGCACCAUGUCUGUGGCUUCAGGAAAAUGGUUCUCGGAAUUGUGCACUAGCAAACAUCAGUUCGUCUGUCAAUACCCAGCAAGUGAUUAUCCAACAGGAGCUUCUUAUACCUGUCCCCCAUGUCCAUCAUGCUCUAAGUAA